UGCAGACCACAACUUUUGAUAAUAAAUUAUAAAAUAAACAUAAUAUUUUUUAUUUUACUAACGUAAUUAAUAUUAAGUAUUAAUUUGUUUUAUCUUCAUUAGAAACCUUACUUAAAUAAAUUUUUUAGUCUAUUUUGUAUUUCUGCAACAAUGAAAACGCUGUGCUGCUGUUUUUCGGCUAAUUUUCGAAUGAUCAUGCUCAAUGCAGGAAGAACUUACUCGACAGAACUCAAACGGCCAAUGGAAACCGUAAGAAAGCUAAAACCUCAUGCCCGCAGCGGAGUGUUAGGAGCCGUGGAAAAAGAUGAUAGUGGAUUUCCGGCUUAUGUCAUACUUAAGGAAACCAGUCCUAUAUUAAGCCAAGCAAUAAUGGACACUAAGAACAAGAAAAAACGUCAAAAAAAAACUAGCAUACUCUUAGAAGGAAAGCGUUUAAUUCAAGAUGCACUGAAUGUUGGAGUUAAACCGAAGCAAAUAUUUUUCAGUCAAAAGAGAGUCUUAGAACAUUUAUACUUACCUGAAGAGUUACGUGACCUACCAGUAUCGGAUACAAUAUUUUACAAAACGCCAUAUAAUAUGAUGCAAUUAUUUUCAAACACUACAACUACACAAGGGAUAAUGGGAAUUUUUGAAAUGCCAAAGUUUGAAAUUGAUACUCCAAAAGAAUUGUUUCCGAUAACAAUUGUUUGUGACAACAUCCGUGAACCUGGGAAUUUAGGAUCCAUUUUAAGAACUGUCACCGCUGUUGGAGCUUCACAAAUUAUUUUAAUAAAAGGCUGUACAGACUUGUGGGGCGAUAAAGUGUUAAGAUCAGCGUGUGGAGCGCAUUUUAGAAUGAAAAUAUUAUCAGAAGUCGAGUGGAGUUCAUUAAACAAUAUUAAAGGUCAUGUAUGUUUGGCUGAUAAUAAUUGUAAUAUAGUUCAAGGAGACAAAAAUGAUGCAGAUUUAAAUGUAUUUAGAAAAGUUACAUCUACACCAUUACCUUUAAUUUCUUAUGACAACGUAGAUUUUUGUAAAUCUACACCAUUAAUAUUAAUAGUUGGCGGUGAAACAGAAGGGUUAAGUGAUGAAGGCUAUCAGUUUGCCGAAAGUCGUCAAGGCAUUCGAACUUAUAUACCUCUUUUGAAUAGUGUCGAGAGUCUAAACUCCGCUACAGCAAUUGGUAUUUUAUGUUUUGAAGCAAGAAAACAAAUGAUGAAUUUAAGAAAUAAUGAGAAUCCUAAUAUUGUAAUACAAAAUUAAUGUUAAGUCAUAUGUAGUCUAUGAAAUUUCAUAUUUUGUUUGUUAAUUAACAUUUUUAUUAUUUGUAAA